CACACAUAUUUUAAAAGUCAUUAAUUUUCAGAACCAACUCAACCACCGACGGUGAGCAACGACACCGACUCGACUAUCUUCAUCACAAACUCCCUCUUUUGUUUGAAUUAACCAACCAAAACUGUAGCUCAUACCAGAUCCAACUCGCUUAACAACCACUUCAAUGGCCGGCGCGGCGUCGGCGCUGUUCAUCCUCGACAUCAAAGGCCGCAUUCUCGUCUGGCACGAUUACCGAGGCGACGUCUCCUCUGCUCAAGCCGAGAAAGCCUUCUCCAAUCUCAUCGCCAAACAGGGAGAUUCAGAUUCGCAAGAUCCGGUUGUAUACGAUAAUGGUGUGACUUAUAUGUUUAUACAACACAGUAAUGUAUAUUUGAUGAUUGCUUCGAGGCAGAACUGUAAUGCUGCCAGCCUCCUUUUGUUUCUACACCGUGUUGUUGAUGUGUUUGUACACUAUUUUGAAGAGUUAGAAGAGGAAUCACUUAGAGACAAUUUUGUUGUUGUCUACGAGCUGCUUGAUGAAAUGAUGGACUUUGGUUACCCUCAAUACACUGAAGCGAACAUUUUGAGUGAGUUUAUCAAGACAGAUGCUUAUAGGAUGGAGGUUUCUCAGAGACCUCCAAUGGCUGUUACAAAUGCUGUUUCUUGGCGGAGCGAAGGGAUACAUUACAAGAAGAACGAAGUGUUUUUAGAUGUUGUUGAGAGUGUCAAUAUUCUUGUGAAUAACAACGGGCAAGUUAUUAGGUCUGAUGUUGUUGGAGCAUUAAAGAUGCGUACAUAUUUAAGUGGUAUGCCCGAAUGUAAACUGGGACUAAAUGAUAGAGGGUUACUGGAGGCUCAAGGACGGUCAACUAAAGGAAAGGCCAUCGACCUUGACGACAUAAAGUUUCAUCAGUGUGUGCGUCUUGCUCGGUUUGAAAAUGAUCGGACAAUAUCCUUCAUACCUCCUGAUGGAUCUUUCGAUGUCAUGACAUAUAGACUCAGUACCCAGGUCAAACCUCUGAUAUGGGUGGAAGCUCAAGUGGAAAAGCAUUCAAGAAGCCGUAUAGAGAUCACAGUAAAAGCCAAAAGUCAGUUCAAAGAUCGUAGCACUGCAACUAAUGUUGAAAUUGAGUUGCCUGUGCCAUCUGAUGCUAGCAAUCCAAAUGUUAGAACAUCGAUGGGCUCUGCUUCCUAUGCACCUGAAAGUGAUUCUUUGAUCUGGAAAAUCAAAUCUUUUCCAGGUGGUAAGGAAUAUAUGUUGAGAGCGGAGUUUAGUCUUUCUAGUAUUACAGAUGAAGAAGCAGCUCCGGAGAAAAAAGCUCCCAUACGCUUGAAAUUUGAGAUUCCAUAUUUUACUGUUUCCGGAAUACAGGUCCGGUACCUGAAGAUUGUCGAAAAGAGUGGUUAUCAGGCUCUUCCCUGGGUUAGAUACAUAACAACGGCAGGGGAAUAUGAAUUAAGACUGAUCUAAAUGCCCCAUUUAUACUACUGCAGAUUUCAGGACUCCAAUUGUAUUUGUACUGGAAAGAUAUUUUCCAGGUUUGUUUGUAUCAUGUACAACUGUUGUAUAUUAUUAAUUACAGUUUCAGUUGUUUUUACGCAA